AUUUACAUAUUCAGCUACAUAUGCAAACGUAGAUUCUUUAGAAAAUGACGCAGAAACUGCUUUAUUGACUGUCGUCUUCAGUUUAUUUUGUGACCUGUGCAGUAAGUCGUAUUGGAAUGUAAAACAACCAUGUGCUACUCAGGACAUCAUCAGCUUAAGCGUGUUAUUGACCUUAAGUUGGCUGUAUUACAAGUGCACUUGACCCUCUUGCAGUUACAGGAUGGCCUCCUUUGGCUGGAAACGUAAGGUGGGGGAAAGAGUUUCUAAGACGACAGUGCAGCAGUUUGAGAAGGACUCAGAGGAAGUGGAUGAUGAGGAUGUGGAGAAAGAGGGAGUUGAUUGGCUACACGUCAUCAAACGGAGACGAGAGGUGCUGCUGGAAGAUUGUGCUGCUAAGAGCAAGAGACUAAAGGAUGAGGGAAUGCUGCUCGCUGAGCAGGGCAGGAACUGGGAGGCAUUGAAGAGGUGGGAUGAGGCAAUUCAGCUCACACCAGACAAUGCUGUACUGUACGAGAUGAAGUCACAGGUGUUGAUCACCCUUCAAGAGGUGUUCCUGGCUGUGCAAUCUGCAGAGAUGGCCACCAGACUCCGUCCCCUCUGGUGGGAGGCGUGGCAAACUCUGGGCCGUGCCCAACUAAGUCUUGGCGAAGUGGAGCUAGCUGUACGGUCCUUCCAAGUGGCAUUGCACCUGCAUCCGUCCGAGCGCCCCCUCUGGGAGGAAGACCUAGGCUGGGCCUUACAGCUCCGGGAGCAACAGAAAGCUCUCAGUGAAAAAGCGAAACAGGAAGAUGAAGCCCGAAGACUCCUUGUGGAAGCUCCUGAGCUGAAGAGCGAUUAUGAUUUUGAAAGUGAUGAAGUGAUUGAGGCUUGCACAGCCAUGGCUGAUAGACAGAAAAAAUACGAGGACUUGAAGAAAACCGCAGUUGUUGUGGACGCACACGGUGUCGCCAAAGAGGUGGUUGUUGAAGAUGACAGCAAACCCACUUCAUCCUCACAGAGUGUUUUAGUCAAAGCACGAGGACUCUGAGUGAAAAAAGCUGGUUUUGUGUCUCCUCAUCUGUGUGUAUAGUUUAGAUUAUGUAUGUAUUGUUGAGUUGAUUGACUUCCUCAUAGUGUUUAACGAAGUUACUAUUCCCAGUGAAUUUGUAAAGUGAGAAUUGCUUCUGGAUCGUUUUCACUCAAACAAGAGCAUAAAUUCCUUCCUUUUA